AUGCCUGCGGCUGAGCUGGCCCUGCUCCAACGUCUCCAUACCCUGGCGAACUUCAUCUCGAUUCCGACAUCCAAGGGGUGCGUGGCCUGGGCCCGGCCGCAGGCUACUAAUGCUCUUCAGAGCCCAAUACAAGUCAUCUACAACUGGCCAGGGUGCUCAACAAGGAACGAGCAGAAGGUCCACACGUGCCUGGUCUAUGGCCGGGAUGAGAGGCCGACCUCUUGGGGCUUCAUCUGCGAGGACGAUGAUGAGUUUGAAAUGAAGCGUCGGGAGUUCUUCAAGAUAUUCCUCGACAAAAUGAAUCUCCUGGAGGCACAGAUAAAGGGCCUUCAAGGUGCCCCGGAGUCUGUCGCCCAAGCCCAGAAGUUUGUCACGGACUACCUCAGCGAGGUCUACGUCCACGUCAAGUCGACGAUAGAGCACCAGACCGGCAUCGGGCCUUUUACAGGGUGGAAGGACCUCGCCGUCGAGUUCCUCUUCAGCGUGCCGACAACAUGGCGCAGCUUCGAGAUAAUCAACACUUUCAAGGAGGCCAUCAAGAACGCGGGAUUCGGCGCCGAAGGCCCCAGGCACGCGGCCACCGUGGACCUGACAGAGUCCGAGGCCGCCGCAGUGGCAACGAUUAAGUCGACGGCGAUCAAUUUUGAGAAGGACGACAUCUUCCUAUCGGUGGACGCGGGUGGGGGAACAACAGACUUCGCCCUGAUGCAGGUGGUUGAGACCAGGGAGCCGUUCCCGACGCUGAAGCAGCUGACGCAGGUCGACGGCGUGGGGAUCGGCUCGACCCUGAUAGACCGCGCUUUUCUUGACCUGGUCGAGGACAGGGUGUUUCCAUUCUCCGAACUGGUCGACCAGCUGCCACCGGACUGCAUCGAGAAGCUGGUCCGUAGCGACAAAUUCAGGACGGCCAAGCACAAGUUCGGGGAGCGCGUGUACAACUCAGCAGUGUAUAAGCUGCCGAUGGAGGGUGUUGGCUAUAACUUUUAUCACGAGGGAGCCGGCAUCGAAUCCGGUAGAUUUUUGUUGACGAGGGAAGACAUGCAGUCGAUAUUCGACCCACACAUCAACAGCAUGCUCAAGAAGAUCAGGGAGCAGCUCGACUUUGUCCGAGUCAAAGCAUUUGGAAAUCCCCAAGUUCGAUUUUUGAUACUCUCGGGUGGGCUCGGCAGCUCCGCAUACGUACGAGACCGGCUGCAGCAAGAUCUGUCGCUCAAUCCCCAUCCGAAUGCAGUUCACAUCAACAUCGUACAGGCACAUGAUCCUCAACUAGUCGUGGUCAAGGGCUUGAUUCUUGACCGACUACAAAAGCUCGAAAGCGGCGACAAGCCCGUGCUUGCCAUGCGAAAGGCGAGGGCGAGCUACGGCGUGAUGUGCAAAAUGAAGUAUAACCCAGUAAUACACUUCCAGGAGGAGCUGAAAACAGAUCCCUUGGACGGUCAGGUCUACGCCAUGAGCCAAAUAGACUGGCUUAUCAGGAAAGGCGACGAUAUAGAUCCAAACGUGCCAAUAAUAUCAAUCUUUAACCAGAAAAUAGCAAAGGGGAGCACAAUACGGCACUGGGACUCCGUCAUAGUGAUAUCUCACAGCGAAAAGGAGUUUCUCCCAGUCAGCAUGAAAGACUCCGGCGCGAAACAGCUCUGCACGGUCAGGUCAGACCUCUCGGGUGUGCGGGAUAGCGACCUCGAGCUUGUGAAGCAGAAGAGGAGUCAUCGGGCCCUGUUCUCGCGCAGCGCGCGCUGGUACAACUGCACAUACGAAGUCAGGGCAGUGGUCGGCGCCGCGGACUUGACUUUCGAGCUUUGGUUCAACGAGCAGCGCUUCUCCAAGAACCACGCACCGAUCAGGGUCACAUGGGACGACGAGGGUACCGCGGCCCCAGCAGGGCAAGGAGGACAAUAUGAAGGGGCGGUGGUACUAGGAGGAGAAGGGGGAGGAGUGGUCCCCGACUCGACUGCACACGGCCGGGCCGCGGCGGUGGCUGACACGGGCAGUGCGAGCGGAAGUAGCCCCGUAGGGUCGGUUUCGGGCGUCAGUGGCCGGCCCAGUGACCUCGUGAGCCACAGCAGGUGA